UGUUGAAUGUCUGAAAUUACUUAUUGAGAGUGGUGUUGAUGUGAAUGCGCAGAAUAAUAAGGGUGAUAACGCUUUUAUUGCUGCUGCAGCUGCUGCUACUACUGCUUCUUGUAGUUAUGGUGUUGAAUGUCUGAAAUUACUUAUUGAGAGUGGUGCUGAUGUGAAUGUGCGAAAUAAUAAGGGUAAUGGCGCUUUCAUUGUUGCUGCUGCUGCUGCUGCUUCUUGGGACAGUAAUGGUGUACAAUGUCUGAAAUUACUUAUUGAAAGUGGUGUUGAUGUGAAUAUGCAGAAUAAUAAUGGUGAUAACGCUAUUAUUGUUGCUGCUGAUGCUGCUGCUACUUCUUGGAACAGUAAUGGUGUUGAAUGUCUGAAAUUACUUAUUGAAAGUGGUGUUGAUGUGAAUGUGCAGAAUAAUAAUGGUGAUAACGCUCUUAUUGUUGCUGCUGCUGCUUCUUUGGACAGUGAUGGUGUACAAUGUCUGAAAUUACUUAUUGAAAGUGGUGUUGAUGUGAAUGUGCAGAAUAAUAAUGGUGAUAACGCUAUUAUUGUUGCUGCUGAUGCUGCUGCUACUUCUUGGAACAGUAAUGGUGUUGAAUGUCUGAAAUUACUUAUUGAAAGUGGUGUUGAUGUGAAUGUGCAGAAUAAUAAUGGUGAUAACGCUCUUAUUGUUGUUGCUGUUGCUUCUUGGGACAUUAAUGGUUUUCAAUGUCUGAAAUUACUUAUUGCAAGUGGUGCUGAUGUGAAUGCGCGGAAUAAUAAUGGUGAUAACGCUCUUAUUGUUGCUGCUCCUGCUGCUGCUGCUUCUUGGGACAGUUAUGGUGUUGAAUGUAUGAAAUUACUUAUUGAAAGUGGUGUUGAUGUGAAUGUGCAGAAUAAUAAUGGUGAUAACGCUCUUAUUGUCGCUGCUGCUGCUGCUGCUGCUGCUUC